AAUAGUCACAACAAAAGCAUAAGAAAAUAUGAAGAUAAUAAAGAGUUCGCCGCUUUUAGCUAUGCUGAUCGGCUUCAUUAUCAUAGCAGCCGCAAUCUCCACAAUCUCCGUUGAGGGUCGUAAACAUCACGUCAAGAGGAUCAAACCCAAACACAGUCGUCAUUCUAAAGAUACCCCUACCGGCUCUCCUGCACCCGCCCCUUAUCCGUCCACCCAUGAUGGUGUUUUCGACAUCCUCUCCUUCGGUGCCAAGGGCGAUGGGAUCUCCGACGACUCAAAGGCAUUGAUCGGAGCGUGGAAGGCGGCUUGUAGAGUAGCCGGAGGGAAGGUGGAGAUUCCGGCAGGGAAAGAGUUUAUGGUGAAGGCGGUGACGCUGCAAGGACCGUGCAAGGAGGAAACGGUGGUUCAAAUAGAAGGAACCUUAGUAGCUCCUACUAAGAUAGGGUCAUGGCCUAAGUCAAGCUUGUUUCAAUGGCUUAACUUCAAAUGGGUCAGUCACGUCACCAUCCAAGGCUCAGGGACUCUUGAUGCUCGUGGCUAUAACUGGUGGAACCUAGACAAUUAUCAAACUCAAAAGAGAAAUAAGUAUAUCCCACUAAUGAAACCAACGGCACUUAGGUUUUAUUCAAGUGGUAACGUGAUGGUCCGUGAUAUAAGCAUCGUGAACAGCCCAUUGUGUCACCUGAAGUUUGAUGAUUCUGAUGGAGUCAAAAUCAACAACAUAACGAUAUCUUCGCCGGAGAAUAGCCCUAACACCGACGGCAUCCACCUCCAGAACACACGUAAUGUCGAGAUUCAACACUCCAACAUCGCUUGCGGAGAUGACUGUGUAUCCAUUCAAACCGGCUCCUCCAAUGUACACAUUCACCACAUCAGUUGUGGCCCUGGCCAUGGCAUCAGCAUAGGAAGUCUGGGGAAAGAUGAGACCGUUGCAUGUGUGUCUGAUAUCAUAGUUGAGGAUAUCUCAAUACAGAACACUCUUGCUGGUGUUCGAAUCAAGACUUGGCAGGGAGGAUUAGGGGUUGUCAAGAACCUAACAUUCUCCAACAUACAAGUAACAGACGUGCAAGUACCGAUAGUAAUAGACCAAUAUUACUGCGAUAAGUCCAAGUGUAAGAAUCAGACUAGCGCAGUAUCAAUUUCGGACGUCAAGUACAACAACAUCGUCGGUAGUUUCACGGCACAACCGGUACGUAUUGCAUGCAGCAACAACGUACCAUGCAUGGACGUGGAUCUAAUGGAUAUUAGGUUACGACCUUCCGGAGGAAUCAGAGGGUUACAAACUCAUCAACAGCAACACGCUUUGUGUUGGAACUCGUACGGCAAAACACAAGGGCCUUUGGUUCCUUCAAGCAUUGGUUAUUGCUUAAAGAAGAGUAAUAUUGAUGGUUAUUAUCCCAAGAGAUUUAUUGCUUCGUCCCAUGAAAAACUCUGCCCUUUAUAAAACCUUUAAUAGAAAUUUAGAGUUAUUCUAUUAGCUGGAAAGAUUUUAUAUAUCUUUUCGUGCUAGAUGAUAAGAUUUUAAAUCAGUUAUGCCACCGGUUCUAUCCCAAUAGGUACCUGUGUUUGGCAUAUAUUUGCUUUUAAAUUGUGUUUCUUUUGGGAGAUCAUGAUGUUUCUUUUUGCUUCCCUUCUCCAACUUUUUGUGGGUGUGAGAAGGUAAUGGCUCUUUUAUCAGCUUUUUCUGUAGUGUUAUGAUGUAUGAUUCCAGUUUCAGAGGUUUGAUGUUAUUUUACUUGUUGCUUGUAAUAAACAUUUAAUCUUAAUUUUA